AUGGAUGCCUCGGAGGCCCUUCGGAUUAUUGGUACACUCAAUACGCGCACAGUACAGGCAGAACGCCGCCAAGCGAGAGCCGAACAGGAGCUAGUGACAAUACGGGAGGCGCUCGGUCAAGCUAGGAGCGAGUUGGAGGAAAUAGUCCGGCUGACCGAGCUUCUUUAUGAGGUUAAUCGGCGGAUGGGGUCCAUGAUGGAUUACCUAUUCAAAGAGCAUGCUAUCAAGCAUGGUUAUGAGGAUGCGAAAUCCUUUGAUUUGAUGUUUGAUUUGGUGGUGAAGCGGCUGGAGGCGGAGGAGUCGGGGGAGCCUCCCAAACGCGACGAGAAAGCCGGAGACCUCGGCAACCAUGUCUCUGCACCUGCAGAGCUGAGUGGUGGGAGUGGUAUGAACUGA